GAUAGAGAGAUGUGCGAUGGAAGAAAUGUCGAUAAGACACGCAAACAUUAUCGAAUAAUUGUGAAAAGGAAUGACGAGCCAUUUGUAUAUAUCAAUGAAAACAAAAGCUUACCCGAGGAACAAAGAUUUACAGGUUUUUGUAUUGACAUGGUCAAAAAACUGGCGAGUCCCGAGUACAUGGAUUUCGAUUAUAAUAUAAUCAUCGAAAAAAGUACAGGCGCAGUCGAUGAAAAAACGAGCAGAUGGUCAGGGAUCAUUGGCAAAUUGAUCGAUCAGAAAGCAGACAUGGGAACCGGUUCACUGACAAUUACGGCAAGAGAGAGAGCCGUGGACUUCAGCAAACCGUUCAUGGAUUUCAAUAUGGCAUUGAUCUUGAGAAAACCGGAUGAGGAAAAAAACAUGUUUCGUUUCUUGGAUCCAUUUUCACCCAUAGUGUGGUUGUGCACUGUCAUGACGGUUUUUGCAAUGACUUUGUUCAUGUACAUCGUCGAUUAUCUCAGUCCUUACGGAAACCGAAAGACUGCGAAAGAGACCAAUGAGCCUGGGGACGAGUUCAGUUUAUACAACAGCCUGUGGUUUGCUACGGCAAGCAUGCUACAACAAGGACCUGAUAACACACCCAAGUCACCAUCUGGAAGACUUUUGGCGUCAUCGUUUUGGUUCUUUGUGCUGCUAAUGAUCUCAACUUAUACAGCUAAUUUUGCAGCAUUUUUACCAGUAAGAACCAUCUACACAAUAACGAGUCUAGAGGAUCUAGCGAAGCAAAGUAAAAUCAAAUAUGGCGUCCUUAGAGGAGGUCAAAUACACCAGUUUCUAAAGCAGAAUUCCAACGAUACGGUGUAUAAAAAAAUGGUGACCCAUAUGAACAGGCACAACACGUUCGCUGAGCGCUCAGCUAGUGGCGUCGAGAGAGCCAGGAAUGGUGGUUUUGCUUACAUAACAGAAGAGCCAAUAUUAGAUUACUACAACACACGGAGCCCCUGCAAUACGAUGCUUGUAAAGCAUUUAUUUGAAGCAAAAAGUUACGGGUUUGCCUUGCAGAAAAAUUCGGAACUUACGACUAGCCUGUCGGUGAAUAUUUUGAAACUGCGCGAAAAAGGCUUUAUGAACGAGCGUUACACCUACUGGUGGCAGACAAGAUCAGAAUGUCCGAGAACAGUAAAGAUUGAUGACACCAUAGACAGUAUGAAGAUAAAAUUCAACAGCAUGGCGGGGGUGUUUAUAAUCUUUGCGUCGAGUGUAUAUUCCCUUGCAUUGCUCGUCAUCGAGGUGAAAUUCAAAUGGUUGGUUGAGUGGAUCUUGGAGGCUGGGUGCGAAAAAUGCACGGAUGACGAUUAUGAUGACGAAGAUAGUUAUGAUUACAUGGAGCCCGCAAUGGAGUCAGCGACCACCCCUUGUGAACGAAAAAGAGUCCCGGAUGUAUAUUCAAAUGCGCGAGAAUCAAAGGUGUAGAUGAAAACUCUACAUUCAUUCGUUGAUGUCGACAUUAAGCAGAUGUUGCCCUGUUGGAAAUGGACGAACAUUCUUGUUGAAAGGAUUUAACGCAAGGAUUCAAUAGAAAGUUGACAAAAAGCUAAAGUUGCAAACUAAACGGAUGUUGACGAAAAAUUGACAGUCGUUUCUUUCCAUAGCUUUCUACAUUAAGCUAUAUACAUAUUCUGUUUAUGAGACGAUAAUCUGUGAUUUAAAAAAAACCUUGCACAUUUUGUGUGCGGUUCAUGGUUGCGGUGAAUUGAAAAUGUAAUGCGAGAAACGUUAUUAAAUAUUAACAGUUGACGCAAAA